AUGGUCGAAGACGUGUCGGUCUGUUUACCAUUUCAAUGCAACACCUACAAGGUCAAAGAGAACGACACCUGCAUCUCUGUGGCCGACUCCUUAGGUCUUCGCCCAAGAGAUAUCGUCACUCUCAAUCCCUGGAUCGAUGAUGAUUGCCAUAAUUUCCCGUCGGGCAUAAUAACACUUGGUAGAAUCAUUUGCACUACGCCAUCUGACGGCCAGUACAAUCACACUGUUAACAACACGGAAUCAGACCCGGCAUACUCCAAGUAUGCUGACGAGGUUGUUCCACUACCUAAGGACGCCAUUCUAGCUGAAAACACAACUAAAGAGUGUGGGCGUUGGUAUACAAUUCAGAAGGAAGAUGACUGUGUUCAGGUUCUGGGCCAACAUUAUAUAAGUCUUUCUCUCUUUACAGCUACCAACCCGUCGAUAUCUCCAGGCAACUGUACCACGAGUCUUAUCCCAGGACAAACCUACUGUGUCGGCCCAACCAAAAAAGCUCUCCGGAAACCAUUUACCCCUCCUCCAUAUUGGCGCCUCGGAUGCUAUUCCAGUGGGAUAGAUCCAACCACAUCUACCCGUGUUUUAAUACUUGAUAAAUUGAGCCACGUCAAACCCAUGUCUAUUCUUGCUUGUCAAGCCUACUGUCUCUCACAGUCGUUGCCCCUUUUCGGUCUACAAAAUGGCGACUCUUGUCUAUGUGACGAUCGCCUGCGUAGAGAUAGUCGGCGUGUACACCGUUGGUCCUGCAAAUCUCGCUGCAGCGGCGGUCCAAAACUUUGUGGCCGUGAGCAAGACGCUAUUGAAGUCUUUAGUUCUUACAAAGAAACAGCUGUCGAGUACACUAGUAUCGGAUGCUUCGUGAGCAAGGAGGAGCGCGUUAUACCGGGCAAUGACUAUAUCACUUGGGAAAAUAUAACUCUGGAAGAGUGCGCAAGCUUCUGUACUGUUGGCGUCGAGACUGACUACUUUGCUCUCCAAGAAGACAAUCUCUGCGUUUGCGGCAAUGAAUUGAAUCCAAGGGCUACAAAGAGAAAAGGCGCUACUACCGCAAAACCUGACUCUAAGACAGAAGAGUGGAAAUUCAAUAGUCAUGUAUCAUCUCUGUUGUGGCCUACAGGAGCUUGGUACGAUGUGUUGAGUAAUGGCUGGCUGAAAACAGGGGGUCAGAGUGCAAGUCACUCAACCUUCGGUCAGCCAGGUGGUGCAACCACCUCGGACAAGGGCGUCGGGGAUGAUGUGUCUGCACUCCCGAAGGAGUGUUAA